UCGCAAGUCAUGGCGACCACAGCAUCUAAUCAUUACAUUACAAGCGGCAACAUCCUCACCUCCAACUCCAUCGUGCACGCCGAGCCGGGGAGCAUGCAACAAGGCACAGCCUACAGGGAUGCACAGAAACUGGUCCAGAACGAUUACAUGCAGAGCAACGGGCACCCUCUCAGCCAUGCUCAUCAAUGGUUAACAGCGCUCUCGCACGCCGAGGGAUCCCCGUGGUCGGCCGGCGUGGCGGCCAGUCCGCUCGGCCAGCAAGACAUCAAACCCGCGGUGCAGUCGGGGAGGGAUGAACUCCACAGCGGGGGCACCUUGCACCACCGGCCGCCUCAUAUGGUGCACCAGCAUGGGAACCACCAUGGAGCGUGGGGCAACACAACUUCAGCUCACAUCCCCAGCAUGGCAUCCAACGGCCAGAGCCUCAUCUACUCGCAACCGGGCUUUACGGUCAACGGCAUGAUCAACCCAGCUUCGACUCAAGGUAUGCACCAUGGCUUGAGGGAAGGCCACGACGACCACCACCACGGCGACCACAGUCAGCACCACCAGCAGCACCCGCCGCCGCACCACCAUCACCAGCACCAGCACCAGGGUCACGAGCACUCGGACGAGGACACCCCUACCUCGGACGACCUGGAACAGUUCGCCAAGCAGUUCAAACAGAGGAGGAUCAAGCUAGGAUUUACCCAGGCCGACGUGGGACUCGCUCUUGGGACGCUGUACGGUAAUGUCUUUUCGCAGACUACCAUCUGCAGGUUUGAGGCGCUUCAGUUAAGCUUUAAAAACAUGUGCAAACUCAAACCGUUGUUGAACAAGUGGCUGGAGGAGGCCGAUUCGUCGUCCGGGAGCCCCACCAGCAUAGACAAAAUCGCUGCCCAGGGGAGGAAGAGGAAAAAGAGGACCUCUAUAGAGGUGAGCGUCAAGGGGGCCCUGGAAAGUCAUUUUUUGAAGUGCCCAAAACCCUCGGCCCAGGAGAUUUCCACUCUGGCGGACAGUCUGCAGCUGGAGAAGGAGGUGGUUAGGGUUUGGUUUUGUAACAGAAGACAAAAAGAGAAACGAAUGACUCCUCCCGGAGGAGCCCACCCCGGAGCCGAGGAUGUAUAUGGGGCCAGGGACACCCCGCCGUCACAUCAUGGAGUUCAGACUUCUGUACAGUGA